UGGUCAAAGGUCAUUGCUGCUCUCGUUAAUGAGCAUUUACUCUAUUAAAUACUAAUUUAGAUGAGCCAGGUCUGGUCGAGCGGUGAGGUGAGAAGCAGCACAGGCGUGAUUCUUUCCUGCUUUGGGUUUUUUAUAUGAAACCCACGCGAGACGCGAGAGAAAACGCGAGAGAAACGCGAAGAAAGUGUCUUGUGAGUGCUUUUGAGCUAACAAUGGAGCUUCGAUUUGACUUGGCCCCGCCUUUCGACCCUUCAAAGACAAUCUGUAAUUGUUGUUUAUUGUAUUGAAGCUUAUCUAUCCCUUCCUCAGAAGAAGAAGAAGAGAUAAGGAAGAAAAGGGCUUCUUCACCUUCUUUGUUGCAGUGACCACAGCAAGUUAGCGGCUGAUGAACUUGGGAAAACUUCCUCUUUCUGUCUUUUGAGUGUGUACCUUGCUGGCUUGGCCCACAUUAAUGUCAAUUCCGCAAGGAAACCCAACUCUUCGCUGUGAAAAAAGCUACCCUUCUGCCGCAUAUUCCGAUCUAUCUUCCGAGAAUAGGACUUAUCAGGAGUGUACUGGAGUUUGCUUUGCAGAAUAGGACUUGUCAGGAGUGUACUGGAGUUCCAGUAAUCCUUUAAGAUAAUCACUGGAAGUGGUAUCUUUACAGAUGGGGUUGAUAUAUGCUGUUCUUAUGUUGGCUUCUCUGCAUUCUUUUGUGGCCUCUGAUUAUCAAGGAGAUGCACUUUAUGCUUUGAGGACUUCACUGAAUGCUUCCCCUUCUCAGCUCAGUGACUGGAACCAAAAUCAAGUUAAUCCAUGCACUUGGUCCCAUGUUAUUUGUGACCCUAAUUAUAAUGUUGUUUCUGUAACAUUGUCAUCCAUGGGAUUUUCUGGAACCUUGUCUUUCAAGAUUGGAUUUUUGAAGAGUCUCACUACCCUUUCAUUGCAAGGUAAUGGCAUAACUGGUGGGAUUCCAGAGGAAUUUGGGAAUUUGACUAGUUUGACAAGCUUGGAUUUGGAAAAUAACCAUUUGACUGGACAAAUUCCGUCCACCCUUGGCAAUCUUAAAAGGCUUCAGUUCUUGAUUUUGAGCCAAAACAAUCUCAAUGGAAGUAUCCCGGAAUCAGUUGCUGGUCUUCUUCCAAAACUGGUCAGCCUUCAGCUGGAUUCCAACGAUCUCAGUGGGCAGGUCCCUGUCCAAUUGUUUCAAGUUCAAACAUACAAUUUUACAGGAAACCACCUGAAUUGUGGUGUAAAUUUCUCCCAUCCUUGUCAAUCUAACAGUGCUAAUACAGAUGUAUCCCAGAAAUCGAAGCUUGGAAUUACUUUUGGAAUUAUUGGAGCCGUGGUAGGUCUCCUUCUUCUUGGUGGCUUGCUGUUUCUUGUGUGGAAGAGUAGGCAAAAGGGCUACAGACGCGAGGUCUUUGUUGAUGUUUCAGGUGAAGAUGACCGAAGAAUUGCAUUUGGUCAACUGAAAAGGUUUGCAUGGAGAGAACUUCAACUGGCUACAGACAAUUUCAGCGAGAAAAAUGUUCUCGGGCAAGGAGGCUUUGGAAAAGUAUAUAAAGGAGUGCUUGCCGAUAAUACAAAGAUUGCUGUGAAACGGCUGACUGAUUAUGAAAGUCCGGGGGGAGAGGCAGCUUUUCUACGUGAAGUUGAGAUGAUAAGUGUUGCUGUUCAUAGGAAUCUUUUAAGGCUUAUUGGGUUCUGUACAACACCAUCAGAGCGGCUUUUAGUUUAUCCAUUUAUGCAGAACCUAAGUGUUGCCUAUCGUUUACGAGAGCUUAAGCCUGGGGAGCUGGUGUUGGAUUGGCCCACCAGAAAGAGAGUGGCUUUAGGCACAGGUCGUGGGUUAGAGUACCUCCAUGAACACUGCAAUCCCAAGAUUAUUCAUCGUGAUGUCAAAGCUGCUAAUGUAUUGCUAGAUGAAGAUUUUGAAGCCGUUGUUGGUGACUUUGGCCUGGCGAAGUUGGUGGAUGUAAGAAAGACUAAUGUGACAACUCAAGUUCGUGGGACCAUGGGCCACAUAGCACCUGAAUAUUUGUCUACUGGAAAGUCAUCUGAGAGGACUGAUGUUUUUGGUUACGGGAUUAUGCUUCUAGAACUUGUAACAGGACAGCGUGCAAUUGACUUUUCACGAUUAGAAGAAGAAGAUGAUGUCUUAUUGCUUGACCAUGUUAAGAAGCUGGAACGGGAGAAACGACUUGAUGCUAUAGUAGAUUGCAACCUAAGAAGGAACUAUGAUAACCAAGAGGUAGAGAUGAUGAUUCAAGUUGCCUUGCUUUGUACUCAAGCGUCACCUGAGGACCGUCCAACAAUGUCAGAGGUAGUAAGGAUGCUGGAAGGGGAAGGUUUAGCUGAGAGGUGGGAAGAAUGGCAGCAAGUUGAGGUUAAUCGUAGACAAGAGUAUGAUAGGUUACAGAGGAGAUUUGACUGGGGAGAAGAGUCGAUAUAUAACCAGGAUGCCAUUGAAUUAUCUGGUGGAAGAUGAAAAAAAUCUGAUUCCCCCUCUCCUUACCCCCUUCCCUCCUUUCCUUGUUAAAAUUUUUGAUAUAUUUUUAUGAUUCAUCCAGAGGUUGAAUGUAAAGCUUUGUGAUUUGUCCUAGUGGAUUUGUUUCUCAGCAAAAGCUACAUAUCGUUGGAUGCUAUGUUCCUUGAAUUGAGUUUUGCCGCUUUUUCCUCCUCUGGGGAGAAUCUUUAUGCAUGGACUUAUAUAUUAA